UCGUCUCAGUUGAAUGUGAGCUGGCUGCUUGCAUCACUGCGCGGUGGUGACGUGUAGCGUCUGGGAGCUGUCCCAGGAAUCAUGGUGCUGAAGCUGCAGCUGCAGCAGCGAUUCAGCAGCCAAUGAUCACGGUAGAAUUGGGGGCUACGGAUGCUUUCACCCAGAACAGGACAGUCCGACCAUCGUGUUGGAUUUUAACGGAGGGAUUUCUACGCAUGGAACAUGGGAAUUCGGUAAUUUGGGAUGUAAGCUUCACGCAGACUUGUCAACGACCUGCAGCCUAGCAGGAGAUUUACGCGAAGAAGAAAAAAACAUCCUGAAACUGUGAGUCGUAUAGCAAUUUUGGGUGGUCCUUCAGGUAAGACCGAUUUUGCUUCGUGGCACGCCGUCAAUUGACUUGAUUUGCUGUGAAAGCCGAAUACGUCGACAGUAAUCUGAGCUCUGAUGGUUUACAAAGAGUGUCUCGAUGUUGUUGUGAGAGCCUGUUUGAAUUGCAAAGAAUGAGGGCUGACGUGUUGUUAGUCUCCAUCAGUCCAUUGUAUCAAAGGCAGAUUUGAUGCGCUGUGCACUCGUGAAUCUGGAGGGUGAAGCCUAGAUAGUUUAUGUUGAACAGAGCAGGCUGACAAUUAGCAGAGUGAACAAGCCAUAGCUUUAUUACUUGAAUGCAUAUUCCUCUCAAUCUAACAUGUGGCUUUCCUUUUUUUAUUUUUAGCGGUUUCAUUUUUUUUUUUUAACUUAAUGGCUUCAGACACUUGUUUGCAUCGAUGGGAUUUAUUUGCCUUUUGGUUUUCUAUCAUCGUAUCAAGACAAUAAGCGACUUUCAAUUAGAACAUACCUAUAUCAACACAGCAAACUAAAACGGCUUCUUGCAAACCCAACAAACGCUGGAAAAUCGCAACCCGCACGGCGCAUUCAACGACACAUGAGAAAGCGUUGACCUCCGCAUGGUGCUGUGAGUUUGUGGCCGGACACAGCCUCAUGCUGCGCGGCCCGGGCAUGCUGAAGAGCCGCUGCUGCGUCCUGCUCGGUGACCUGAGGCUGCUCCUUCUCGGGCCACCGACACCGCUGCCCCCGCCGACCCCCAUGAGCGUCCAAGGCACGGACAGCCGCGAAACGUGCGUCGUCGUCCCCGACAACAACAACACGUUAGCGCGGAGCCAUCAGCACGCGGGGGACCGGGUUGCUCCGACUGCGGCGGGGGCCACGGGCACGUCGGCCGGAGAGCGGUCGUGCUGGGUUGACGCUGCGGAGCUGUCGGCGGCCCUGCGCGGCUGCAGCAGCUCCUCCGAUGACUGCUCGAAGGGCAAACUGGAGGAGAGAUUCUCCCUCACCAGCUACACGGAAAGUGGUUUCAGGACACCCUUGUGCAGGAUCUGCUUCCAGGGACCAGAAUACGGGGAGCUCCUGAGCCCAUGUCGGUGCAACGGGUCGGUACGCUGCACCCACCAUCCCUGCCUCAUCAAAUGGAUCAGCGAGAGAGGCUCCUGGGCAUGUGAGCUCUGCUACUACAAAUACCAGGUCAUCGCCAUCAGCACCAAGAACCCGCUCCAGUGGCAAGCCAUCUCCUUGACGGUGAUAGAGAAAGUGCAGAUAGCAGCCGCCGUCCUGGGCUCCCUGUUCCUCAUGGCCAGUAUCUCCUGGCUGGUGUGGUCGUCCUUCAGCCCGUCGGCCCGCUGGCAGAGGCAAGAUCUGCUAUUCCAGAUCUGCUACGGCAUGUACGGCUUCAUGGACAUCGUCUGCAUCGCACUGAUUGUCCACGAGGGGCCCUCCGUGUUUCGUAUAUUCCACCGCUGGCAGGCCGUCAACCAGCAGUGGAAGGUCCUGAACUACUGUAAGUCCAUGGACAGUGAAGACCUGAAGAACGCCCCUGUGGACAGGACUCUGCCUCAGCCCAGCCCGGGUUAUCAGACUGGCGUAGGCGCCUCCACCUCCACCUCCUCGCUGAUGGCGGUGGCCUCCGCGGCCGACGGCUCCACCUCCACGACCGCGGUGGCGGUGGCGGCGGCGGCGGCUGCCGCGGAGGAAAUGGCAGCAAAUGUGGACCCCGGCAGCGGCAGCGAGGUGCAGGACCAGCACUGUCCCUACAGCCUCCUCCACCUCCUCAGUCACCUCAGGCAGGCAGAGGUCCGCGGACAACCGAGCAGCGGCGCACGAGAGCUGGUCAUGAGAGUCACGACGGUCUGAGGAGUCCGUUAGAGGCCUUAUCUCACAUGGAGGUGAACGAUUUAUGAACUAGGCGACAGUUGGAGGAGGUGGAAAAGACUCAUCUCAACUGGAUUAACACCAUGUGUUCUUGUUUGUUUCAAAAAGCAUCUCUGAUGUUCUUAUGUGCAUUGAAUAAAAGUCAAAGUGGUUUGAUUUGCACAA